UUAGCGGCGGUUGGUAGGCGUUUGCCGAGCUUUAAUAACGCACCACAAACGCCUAUAAUGCAGUUUGAGUGGUGUUACCGCUCCGCAACCGCAUCGCAAACGCCGGCCAGGCAUUUGCGGAGCGGCACCAUAGACGAGAAUAGGAGGCUUCAACGCCUCCUGACUCGACCAGAGGCGUCCAUUUUGACGCAACGCAAACGCUCCCGUUAGAACAGCACCAUGUGCUGUAAUGUGCAGAAUUGGCAGAGGCGUUUGGGAAGCGGUUUUGUGCUGCCCUAGGCAGCACAAAAAUUGGCGCCCCCCCCCCCCCCCCCCCCGAAGAAA